AAAUUAAAAAUUGAUAAAAAUAUAAAAACAGCAUCACCCCCAAUAACCAACACUGCCACCGCAGCAGCAAAUGCAUGAACCCAGCCACCCCCUUCGGCCCCUAUAUAUACCGCCCCCCGCCCCCCUUUCUCCCUCACUCUCUCUCACUCGCUUCUCACUGCCACCUCCUUCCCCUUUCAGUAGAGAGAGAGAGAGAGAGAGAGAGAGCGAGAGAAGAUGGUUUCGCAGUCGUCGAAUCUUCCAUUAGUCUCUCGCUGCACCGUCUUCCCCGACCGGGAAUCCACCGUUCCCGAUCUCAAGCUCUCCGUCUCCGAUCUCCCCAUGCUCUCCUGCCACUACAUUCAGAAAGGCUGCUUGUUCACGCGGCCGCCGCUCCCGGCGGCGGAGCUCGUCUCGCAGCUGAAGACCGCCCUCUCGCAGGCGCUCUCGCAAUUCCCGCCCCUCGCCGGCCGCCUCGCCACCGACGCGGAGGGGUACGUCUACAUCGCGUGCAACGACGCGGGGGCGGAUUUCUCGCACGUGUACGGGGGCGGUAUCCGCGUGAGGGACCUGCUGGGGUCCGCCGACGGCGACGUGCCGGCGGAAUUCAAGGGGUUCUUCCCCUGCGACCUCACCGUGAGCUACGAGGGCCAUUUCAGGCCGAUUCUGGCGGUUAGGGUUACGGAGCUCGCCGACGGCGUCUUCAUCGGCUGCGCCGUCAAUCACGCCGUCACGGACGGGACCUCGUUCUGGAACUUCUUCAACAGCUUCGCGGAGCUCAGCCGCGGCGUGAGGAAGGUUUCUAGGGCUCCGGAUUUCAGCCGCGAAUCGCUGCUGAUAUCCGCGGCGGUGCUGCGGCUUCCCGAGGGCGGCCCGAAGGUCACCUUCGACAGCGGCGCGCCGGUGAGGGAGAGGAUUUUUAGGUUUAGUCGGGAAUCGAUUCAGAAGCUAAAAGCCGCGGUUAACAACAGGAAAUUGGAAGGCGGAAUCGACAUCGCCGAGCUGAUGGGGAAGCACAGCAACGACACGCUGAAAAACCCCGACGGCAAGCUAACGCCGUUGGCCUGGCUACGCAGCGCCGUCUCGAGGGAGGCGCCGCCGCCGGUGGUGGCGGCGGAGAUCUCGUCGUUCCAGUCGCUGUGCGCGCUGCUGUGGCGGGGGAUCACGCGCGCGAGGAAGCUGCCGGCGAGCAAAACGACGACGUUUCGGAUGGCGGUGAACUGCCGGCACCGCGUGGAGCCGAAGCUGGAGCCGCUCUACUUCGGGAACGCGAUCCAGAGCAUCCCGACGCAGGUGGCGGCGGGGGAGGUGCUGGGGCGGGACCUCCGGUGGUGCGCGGAGCAGCUGAACAGGAAUGUGGUGGCGCACGACGGCGAUACGGUGAGGCGGUACGUCGAGAGCUGGGAGCGGGACCCACGCUGCUUCCCGCUGGGGAACUUCGACGGCGCCAUGAUCACGAUGGGCAGCUCGCCCCGAUUCCCCAUGUACGAUAACGACUUCGGGUGGGGCCGCCCCGUCGCGGUCCGGAGCGGCCGCGCCAACAAAUUCGACGGCAAGAUCUCCGCCUUCCCCGGCCGCGACGGGAACGGCACCGUCGAUUUGGAGGUGGUUUUGGCUCCGGACACCAUGGCCGCCUUGCUAUCCGAUUCGGAAUUCAUGCAAUACGUAUCAAUAUCGAGUUAAAAAGUCACCGUAUUAUUUUAUCGUGUAAUAAAAAUAAUUAUGCUAAAAAAUGAGGGGGAAAAAUGAAUUCUAUCUUGUAUGGAAUUCGUGACGUUGCAGAUUGGGGUGAGGGUGUGAUUGACAAAUUUGUGAUAUAGUUUUGUUUUUUGUCACUAUGUAAUUGAUAUUUAAUUCCAUAUGCCAAUUUAAUUUUGUGACUA